AUGGAGGAGGAGGCUGCGAGGAAGAGGAAGAUGCCUUGGGCCUCCCAGGCAGGCCCCGAGCUGAGGACGGAGAGCCCGGAGGACAAAUCCCCCCGGCAGAAGCUGGUGGGAGAGGCCGUUUUGAAGGGCUCCAUGGCGCAGGAAGGCAGCGGGGAGGAAAAGGUCCGGAGAUCCCUGCGGAGGAGGGGCUCCAAAGCCAGCCCAGGGUGCUCUGAGGAGGAAAGACCCAGCCUGUGCCGGGAAGGCGGCCGGAGCUUGAGGCAGAGCUCUGACCUGGUGGUCCCUGAGCAGCCUCCCAGCAGGGAGAAGCCCUUUAAGUGCUUGGAAUGUGGAAAGAGCUUUGGGAAGAGCUUCAACCUCCUCACCCACCAGCAGAUCCACACUGGGGAACGAGCCUACCCAUGUGGGGAAUGUGGGAAGGGCUUCAGCCAGAGGUCCCACCUGAUGCGACACCGGAUGAUCCACACUGGGGAACGGCCCUAUUUAUGUGGGGAAUGUGGGAAGAGCUUCAGGGACAGCUCUGACCUGAUCAAACACCAGCACAUCCACACCAAGGAACGACCCUACACAUGUAGGAAAUGUGGGAAGAGCUUCAGGCACAGCUCCACCCUCUGCACUCACCAGCGUAUCCACACUGGGGAACGGCCCUACACGUGUGGGGAUUGUGGGAAGAGCUUCAUUGACAGCUCCACUCUCUGCACCCACCAGCGCAUCCACACUGGGGAACGGCCCUACACAUGUAGGGAAUGUGGGAAGAGCUUCAGUGACAGGUCCACCCUCUGCACCCACCAGCGCAUCCACACUGGUGAACGGCCCUACAAGUGUGGGGAUUGUGGGAAGAGCUUCAGCUGGAGCUCCAACCUCAUCACCCACCAGCGCAUCCACACCGGGGAACAGCCCUACAAGUGUGAGGAAUGUGGGAAGGGCUUCAGCCAGCGCUCCAGCCUCCACACCCACCAGCGCGUCCAUACCGGGGAACGGCCCUUCAAGUGCUUGGAAUGUGGGAAGAGGUUUCAGACCAGAUCCAGUCUCCUCCUGCACCAGCGGACGCACACGGAUGAGAGGCCCUUCCGCUGCACCGACUGCGGGAAGGGCUUCAAGCAGAACUCCCACCUCAUCACCCACCGGCGCAUCCACACCGGGGAGAGGCCCUUCAAGUGUGGGGAGUGUGGGAAGAGCUUCACCGACAGCUCUAAGUUGACCAGACACCAACGGACCCACCAGUAAGGGAAGCCCUACCAGUGCCUCAACUGGAGGAAGAGCUUUGGCUGCUCCUUGCACCCCGAAUGAACCCCCUGAUGGUGAGGCAACCCCUGGAGUCCAGUGACUGUCAGUCCAUCCCUUUUGACCAGAAAAGGCCAGUCCCCUUUCUCAGGGGCAGGUUCUGCCAACAGAACCCUUCUUGAGGGGAUGUGUGGAGAUUCCUGCCUUGGCUGGGGACCCUCAAGGGCACUGCUGGAGGUUGAGAGCAGAGAUCUCCC